AUGCGAGCCGUCCUCUGCACAACCUGUGAACGACCUCGACUCGCCACAGCUGCCUCCAACGUUCAAGAGAGCCUCAUUUCAGUUUCUACAUCACCCAACACAGGUCUGACUCAAGUUUAUCUCAAGAUAAAUUCAUUUUAAGCAGCACCUUUAGCAACAAAGAUAAAGAGUACAAGGGUAAAAAGUGAUAAUUUAGCAAAUCAAACAAAUAAAACCAGGAAAAAUAUAGUUUUUUAAAAAAUAUGCAAAAUUUUGAUUUUCCUGCAUUAUAUUUGACAGCAAUAAGCCUCAUAUGUCUGCUUUUGGAAGUAAAGAAGUGACGUGUCUUUCUAGUAUGUGAAUAUCUGUGUUUGAUCCCUCAGAGUGGCAGUGUAAGAGCUGCACGGUGGUAAAUCAAGGCAGCAGCAUCCUCUGUGAGGUGUGUGAGCGCCCUCGUCUGGCCACCUGUCCGCCUGCUGCAUCACUCCUGUCCAGUCUGGGAUCUCUGUCUGAGUCUGGAGCAAAGGUCUGUCUCACUGCUGCAGAUAAAUCUCUCAAUUUGAAAUUAUUUCAGGCUAUAAAGACAGUAUUUAGCCAGUUUCUUUCAAAUUAAAACCUGAAUCAGAUUUUUAUGUUUUCUUAAAGUAGCAACAACUUCACUGCUUGGUUUUUCACAGCUUUUUUACAGAGGGAAAAAUCUUUAAAACUCUGAAAUAAGCUCUCAGGAAACUGCAGAGGUAUAAAUCAGAGGACUGAGCUUCAUAAGCGUCAGAUGUUUCCUCGAAGAGUUGGUGCAGACUGAAAACAGAGCUAUAAGAGUGAUUUUUUUCCUAUGAAUCUUCACAGCCUGACUCAAGAAUUUUCCAUGAACUUCUGUCUUCUUUCUUUCCUAAAAUGUGUAAUUUUGCAUUUUUUUUCCCUUUUGGUAGUGGAUGUGUCAGUUCUGAACCUUCGAGAACACAAAUCCCGCUCUGGUCUGUGAGAUGUGUAACCAGCCGUGCAGAGACAGUGCUGGAGUUUCUCUGCCCCAGUCUCUGCAGCAGACCCCGACACCCAGCAUUAAAGAUCAGCCUCAGCGGGGGAUCAAACCCCAACCGAAACCCAGAAUCAACCUGGAGAUGAGGACACAGAAGAUGAUGAGGGAUGAAGGCCUGAAUCUCAUCGGCCAGAUCAGAGUAGAUCAUGUCUGAAAAAGUCUGAGGUCUAAUUCCAGAAACUGUUGGACCAACACAUCACAAAAAUAUUAAAACUAUAAGUACACGACCAAAAAGCGUCAAAUCUAGAUGUCAGGUUUGAUAAGUUUAGUUCACCUCGACCUGGAAGAGAACUUGUUAAAAACUCAUCCUGUAUCUCCUCACAGGAAGCAGAAAAACGCGGCGUCAGUCCCGAGGAGGUGUAUGCCGCCAUCUGCAUGUGCGGCGGCAGCAACCCUUGUGAUUGGCUGACCUCGGAGCUGCCUCACCUGCUGGAUGAAAUCUGCGCUAUGGUGGCCUCUGUCCAGCUGAACUACAAAGCAGGGGGCUCUGGGAUACAACCUGAGGUGGAGAAAGACGGAGGGGAAGCUGAGCAGGGCACACUGAACCUCACAGGCGGAGGGGAGAAGCUGUCGAGAGCCGAGGCCAAGCUGGCGUGGUUAGCUGCUGGAGGAGACACGGAGAGAGCCGUGAGGCAGCUGCUGAGGGACAGACAGCUGAAGGUAAGAACAAGGAAGAGAGAAGAGCUAAACCCGACCGAGAAACACAUUUUCCUGCCAAACAAAGUUCAUUCUCAUCAGACACACAGAAAUUCAUGGUCUAUUUGCUCCCCUGAGUGACCUUUUAAGUGAUACCAAUAAACUCCUGCAGCGUCCUACAGAUGAAGUAAGACGCUAAGAGAUCAGGGAGUCACGCUUAUACCUCCUGUUUUUUUGACCUUGAAAGAUAACUCAGAACAAAGAGGGUCUGUGAGGGAAACGUAGGAGUGCCAUUUGACCCUUUUGACCCGGUUUAUUAGUUUGAUUUAGAAACUACAGCGAGAGAACAAAGAAACUGAACGGUGGGUAAAAGAUAAGUCUCCUAGAAGAUCUGGUACUCAGUUGCUGCAGGUUUCCUCUUUGAGGAUUCAUUGCGUUUACACCACAUCUGACACCAGGGUCCAUCCAGGUGGAUUGAUGUCUGCAGUAGGUUAGGAGGAAAGUCAGGAUAACUGACUUUGAUCCAUGCAGCAACAUCUUGAAGAGAGAGAGAGGGAAAGCCGGGACAGGAGGGUUUCUGCUGGAGUCUGACGUGUGAUCCUUCUUCAGAGGUCAGGGUUGUCAGGAGGAAUUUGACUCCAAACAAAACUCCUUUUAUGAGUUCCAGUCAUUGUACAGUUUUGUAGAUAGACCGAUAACUCUGUAUGUGUGCGUAUGUGUGUGUGUGUGUGUGUGUGUGUGUGUACAGAUGAAGGAGCUGCACUCUCUGGGCUUCAGAGACGUGCUGCAGUGCGAGGAGGCCCUGUGUCAGAGCGGAGGAGAGGUGAGGGGAGCUCUGUCUCUGCUGCAGCGCCCCCUCCUGGAGCAAUUCCACCAGCGCAUCUGGGCUGACCAGCAGGAGCCACCGAUCGAUCCCAAACAACCGGACAAACAGGUUAGAUCUCAACUGAGAUCACAUCGAGGCUGUUUGUGUUUGCUCAGUUGUGGUGUUUUGAUAACAGGUGUGUAACUCUUUAUGUGCUUUGUCACAGAGGAUGUGCAGACGGCUGCUGGCACUGUACGACCUGCCCAGCUGGGGGCGCUGUGAGCUUGUCCUUGCACUGCUUCAGGAGCCAGACGUCUCAUAUUCCCUGGAGGUUGUGGUGCAAGCUGUGAAAGAGUCUCUGGACAAAGAUUUCAUCAGACGUCUCCUCAACAACGAGUGUCCCUGCUGCCUGUGCAUAUUCCCCCGCAGCAAGGUGGGUCAGAGAGGGGGGCCUUUAAAGCCUUGUGUGGCUAACACCGAAGUAUUUGACAUCAUUACAACACAGUACCUUCAGAUUAAUCCGCAUUUCUUCUUAAUUUCUUCUUCUUCUUCUUGUUUUUAGAUGCAGUCUCUGACUUCCUGUCAGUGCUCCGUGUGUCACGACUGCUUCAGGCAGCACUUCACCAUCGCAGUGAGAGACAAACACAUCAGGGACAUGGUGUGUCCCGUCUGCAGCGGGCCGGACAUCAACGACCCGGAACUGAUGGACAGCUACUUCUCCACUAUGGACAUACAGGUAUGAAUAAAGACUUUGUGUACUGAGAGUAAAUAUUGAUUAUGAGUUGGAAUAAGUAAUAUGUCAAAUAUCUUUUUUCUGCAGCUGCGGAUCUGCCUGGAGUCUGACGUGUAUGACCUGUUUCACAAGAAGCUGACAGAGCAGGCUCUAAUGAAGGACCCAAAGUUCCUCUGGUGUUAUCAUGUGAGUGCUUCUCAGCGUCAUAAAACUGUCUACCAGAUCGUUCCUUCUCCCUUUAUCAGCUCUCAUAAAUCUGAAUUCUUCAGCUGAAGCGUAAAAGUGUAAUGCAGUUCUUGCAAAAGUGACACGACAUGCCACAUACGCAAACCCUCAGGGAAAAAAAACAGGUGAUUUUAAUAUUUUUCAAAUAAAUCUAAACAUUUAUUAGCAUAAUUAUUCACAAAGUCUGUUUAAAUGAGGCCCUUUUUCUGUUUUGACAUUCCAUUAACUGUUCUUUUGUACUUUUAAGUUAAUAUAUAAUCUUUGAAAGGAGAUUAAUGUGAUCAUAAUCCUGUUAAUUAGUCUCUCCUGGCAACACCCUUAUUAACAACAAUGAUGACGACGAUAUUUGCGGACAGGGCAGGGCGGCUUUGUUUGUACAUACCACACUCUCAGGUAAUUAGGGGUGCUUUACAGAGUAAUUAAAGAAGAUUAAAAGAAGAACACACACAAAAGAAGAGCAGAAAAGUAGAUUUAUACUUAUUUAAAUAACUCAUAAUGGCAAAACUAAUACCUUUAUUUGUAUGGCAAAUUAAGAAACAGAUUAUUUAUAGUUUAGCAGUUGGAAAAAGGUUAAAAUGAUAAUAAAAAAGGCAAAAGCUACGAAAAAGCCAGAUAAUAGACCGAACCCUAACUAAUUCCUUUACAUUUGACAGCCUGCAUUUGUUAAACAUUAGAGUUUAAAAAUCUCAGAUACGACGGGGUAAGAAAAAUGUUUGAACCAUCACAUUGAUAACUUGAUAGUUAAGUUCUUUGAAAGUAUUCAUAUUUAUGUUGGCAUCUGUGUUUAAAUUACGUCUGCUAGUCAACAAUACGAGGGUGGUCUUAUUCUGAAUCCUAAACAAGGAGACACACGAAGCGGGGCGGAGUUGCACGAAAAAUUUUGAGGGUUUUCCGGGUCAGUUUGAGUGUUUUUUACGUGCUUCUAACUCAGUAAGUCCACACUCCACAAACUCAAAACUUCAUACGAAAUGCCGGACAUAUGAAGGAUUUUAUAAACUCCUCUUGGACAGGCCGGACAGACCCCAAAAAGAGGACAUGUCCGAGUAAAAGAGGACGUAUGGUCAUCCUAUUUUAUCACUUGUGUAGUUGUGAUGUUAUUUCCUUAUUGAGUUUAAAUGUUAGAGCUUCACUCACAGUAACCUCAAUGUUUUAAGGUGUUCAGUGUACUCAGCACAGAAAUACUCAUCCACACAGUACCAGCAUAACGCUGUACGACUGCAGUGAACUUGUACAAAAUCAGGACUUAGUCAUAUUUCAUAUUUUCUUUAUUUGCUUCAUCAGCAGAGUAGUCCUCAUUGUUUUCACUUCUCCACAUCAACUGAAUCCAAUGCAGGUUACAGUUCCCUGUGGAGUCAGGAGGAAUGAGAGCAUUAUUCAUUUUGUCUUACAGUAAUUUUUUUUUAAUCAUAUUUAAUGUAGAGAUUUGUUAAAAGAACUCUUCUGAACAAACACAGUGUGUGGGUUGGAAAUCCAAAAUGACGAAAUUAAGCAACCCUGAAUGCCCAGGAGUUGAUUUUUGUUGCCAUGACAUUAAAAAAACAGAAUUGACAUAAUUUUCUUUUCACUAGAAUCAUAUUUAAGUUCAAAGUCUGUUUUGUAAAACCCUACAUGGACAUAUAAACAGAAUGAGAGCUGCCUGUAAUGACAAAGUAUGUUUUAGGGGAUUGACCUAAACUGCAGCCAGCCAGUAGAGGAAGUGCUAGAUGUUUUUGCUUCCCUUUGCUGGAGCUUGUCUGCUUUUACACAGUCUGCUGUUGUAACACAAAUGACAAAGCAUGUUGAUGAACUGCUUCAGACAUGAUUGACUGCCCAGGUAGGGUAUGACAGAGUAACUAAUGUGGCUAAAAGAGAGGCUGAAAGACUGAUUCUUACCUCCCGUACUUGCUGUUUCAUCCACUUUGACUCAGAGUCAAUACAGAACCAUCUGCCACCCUCAUCCUUAACUCUGAAAGCAGACAGAAAGAAUAAAACUUUACAACAUCUUUGUUCAUUGAUCCUCGAUAGGCUCACUCCUGAAGAUCAGUUUUCUUCUGUUGAUGAUUUCAAACAGUCAAGCAUUUUUAAUCACAUAUGAGCUGUGUCACAUAGAUCACCUGUUAUCAGAUUGGAGUCAGAAGCAAUCAGGGAUUCAGUUGAAGAGUGUACUCGCUUAACUUAGUGUUUAGUCAGCAAAACAUUUACUUCUGUGAGGGAUAAAACCCCCAAAAAUCUUCUAUCAGGUUUCAAUGAAGGACAGACUUGUUGGACAUGUGAAACCUGGUUAUAGACUCCUUAAGGGUCAUAAUUCAGCUUUGAUCAGGGCAGUUUGCUCAAGAAAAACACCUUCAUGGUCAGAUUCAAUGUAUUUUGUACAUUUUACUUAAGAAGUUAUUGUCCUCUCACAUUGAACAUGAUUUUAAAAUUGGCUUUAAGCAAUGUCUUUAAUUCCUGUCAUUAAAUAUGAGUCGUUAGCUUGUGUUUUAGCAGAUCAAAUGACUUUGACUUGACUUUGAUUAACAUGGGUAAAGCAUGCUGUACUUACAUAAAGUGAGUAUACUCGCACUCAAACCGUCUCUGUUUGAUGCACUCUGUAAUCCUGAGAGGUAUAUCAGGGUCAGGUUCGAUACAGCAUUGAUCUGUAUAGUGACAAACACACAGAGGCAGUGAUGUUACAACAUCUUUAGGAACGCAGCAGCUGCUGCUAAAGGAGAUCAAAACAUGAUUGACUUUUCCAAACCUUGAGAGUAAAACUCAGAUAUGAUUCAGUGACAUCAGUAAGCUUCUAAAUAUCUCCAAAUGUUUGCUGCUGAAGGAUCAACAUUCUGCCAUAAUUUUAAAGAACUGCUUCCUACAAGGUGUUCAUGUCAGGUGGAAUGGUCACUGAGGUUCUGGACUUUAUUUUAUUCAUUUUAAGUGUUGUCCUCAUGUGAAUAAGACAGAUCAGCCUGAACCUCUAGUAGUGAUAAUAAUAAUAAUAAUAAUAAUAAUAAUAAUAAUAAUACACUUUUGUUUUCCAAAAUAGGGUUACAAAGUGCUCCAAAAAUUAAACAAAGUGAAGAAAAUGAAAAACUGUGAGGAAACUAAGACUAAAGAUCUAAAACUUUAAAAAUAACUGGUGAUUCAACAGCAAGACAGAUAUUAGAAAUGAAUGAUUAGAUAGUCAAAAAAGGUGAAAUGACAGAAACGGGAAGGAAAUUAAAAAAGUUAGACUGCCAAAAUAUUUGAGGAAUAAGAGGAAAGAGGAAUAAAAUGAGUUAAAUGUGACAAAAAACAACCAAAAGAUAAAAGAAAAACAAUGACAAAAGAAUGAAAAAACAAAAGUUAUAAAGAGGUGUGAUGAUUUCCCAAACCAGUAAAAACAACAAAAAGUGACGAAAUUUCAGUUCCUGUUUUUCAUUCUUUAAAAAACGGUAAAAUAACUCUUCUUUAUUCAUCUUUAUUAAAUUUUAGCAUUUGAUAGCACAAGAUAUAGUCAUUUCAAAACCUCCGAGGUGGUGUUAAUUAAAAUGGUGACACUGUCCCAAUGUUUAGGGAUAAAAAUCUUAUGACAAAAGUUUGUCACAACUCGAUGAACAACUCGAUGAAAACUGCAGUAAUCAUGUAAUGCAGUUGAAUCCGUUGUAAUAUGUUAUGGGGAUAAAUUUGUACUUACCUUGUAUGACCAUAGCCUGUACAGAGGACCAGAUAAACACUGAGAACAGGAGGGCAGAGAUGGUCAGGAUCCUCAUGGACAUUUUGACCAACAGGCAGGCUGGUGGAUAAUAAACUGAUCAGACUAAAAAACUAGGACUGCAAUGAUAAGCCGACGUUAUCAGUUAAAUAGGAUGACCUUAUUCUGAAUCCCCAAAAGGAGGACACUGAUACACAGGGCGGAGUUGGGCACAAAAUUUUGAGUGUUUUUCAGGUCGGUCAAGUGUUUUUUUUUUACAUGCUUCUAAAUCAAUUAAUCUACACUACACAAACUCAAAACUUUCAUAAAAAAAACGGACAUUUGAAGGAUUUUAUAAACUUCCCACUGAUAGGCCAGAUAACCCCCCAAAAAAGGACAUGUCUGUUUAAAAGAGGACGUAUGGUCACCUUAACAAUACGAUGUUAAGAAGCGCACAGUGUUACGGUUGAAUAUGUGACGCUGUAAACUGGGGAUAUCGUAAUUCAGCAGGAAGUCGCCAGUAUGCUGGAUCACCGUUAACAUCAUAACACCAGUAGUCUAACCGUCAUCAUGAGCCUGUGCGCAUUAGAGCUUGUAAAUGAGGAGAAAAAACGUAAUGUAUACAGUAAACCAGAGACAAAAAUGGCUUGAAAUUAAUCUACAGUUCUGAUUUAAAAAACUAAUGAUGGAGUUUUCUUCCAUCAAUGAAGGAGACCAGCUGAAAGUCACCUGUCUGUCCUGUCAGAAGAGUUUCUGUGCUCAGUGUAAGAAACCCGUGAGUUUAAAGACCCAUUUUCAUCUAUUUCACCAUCUUUUAGAUGCUGUAGGAUUUACUGAAUCUCAAGAAUUCUGCCUUGAAGUUCUAUCUCCUCCCUGAGAGGGAGUUUGCAUCCUAUAAUCCUCCCUUCCUCUCCUCCUUUCCUGUCAGUGGGAGCCUCAGCACCAGGAUCUGUCCUGUGAGCAGUUCCAGCAGUGGAAGAGGGAGAACGACCCAGAGUACCAGAGGCAGGGUUUGGCUGGAUACCUCCGAGACAACGGCAUCAGUGAGGACAAAAACUUCACUCCCUCGCUACUGAAAUGAAUAAAUUAAAUUAAACAAGCUUUGUUUUACUUUCUAAUGUCACCACUCCAACAAAAACACAUUUAGUCAUCUCCCAUUUCACAGUUUUGUAAUCAGCUGAUUCACAAGGCCUCAAAAACAAUCUUGAAAACACACGUCUAUUAAGAUUAAGGCCUCAUUUAUUUUCUUGCAUCAAAUAAAUGUAUUCAAGAUGUUUUUGUCUGAAGUGAGUAGAUUUCUCAGUUUGUGUUGUGGUCUCGCAGCCUGUCCUCACUGCCGGUUCCAGUACGCUCUGACUAAAGGAGGCUGCAUGCACUUCAGCUGCUCUCAGUGCAGAUACCAGUUCUGCAGCGGCUGCAACAACCCCUACCACUAGGUGAAAGACUUACUUAUACAUAUGACACGAGGAAGGGCACAGUGUUUUUUUUCUAAAUGACCAAAUUGCAUGAUUUUAUUCUGCUGCCUCCAGGAAUAUGUGGCAUUCAAAAAAGCACACCGUUUUUCUAGAGUCGAACGGAAAAAUUAUUAGGAUGCAGAAAAAAAAUCCCCUGUUGAUGCUGAUUUUUAUAAACAACAGCUAACUUUACUUUAGCAUUAACCAACAGGUGGCUGAGUUUUACCACCAGCUGCCCCUUGCUGUUAUUUUAUGUCUUUGUUUUGUGUUUUUUGCAGACUGUUUGUAAGACGCCUCAGUGUAAAUUUAAGGGUUUGCAUGCUCAUCACCCCAGAGACUGUCUCUUCUACCUCAGAGACUGGGAGCCGGCCAGGCUGCAGGCCCUGCUGCAGGUAAAGACACUCUCAUGUGUAGCAUUAGAGCCUGCAGCAUGAUGCAAAGCUAUGUACGUGCAAGUCUGAGUGUCUGUAUGUGGAGCUCUUACUGUGUUUUAACAGAACAUGCCCUUCAUUGGACUAGGGUACCAAUAUUAGUAAUAUUACCUGAUGAGCUCUUUGUUAGAAGCUUAAAUUAAACAGGGAUUUAAACUAAAAGCAUAUUUUUAUUUAUGGGUUAUAUUUCUGUCUUCUCAGAGGAGCCGUGUGGAGUUCAACAUAGAUCCAUCAGACGGAGCUCAAACAGGUAAAACUGACUCUUAUCUAUCAGCUGAUACUCCUCAUCUACCUCUGUUUUUAUUACGUUCAGGGAGUAAAGUAACUGAUUGACCACAUUCAUAUUCAUACCUGUAUUUUGUUUUGUCAAGGCUCAAGGAUGUCCUUGAAAUCCUGGAACAGCUUGAAUACAAAACUUGAGUUAGAUCCAAUUUUAUAAACUGGUUUAUAAAAGUUUUGUGAGCCUCUUUUUUGAGAAACUUUAAACAUACUCAACCUCCUUGUCUUCAGUUCCUAAAGGCCUGUUUUUGAUGAAUUCAUCGAUAAAGAAAAAGAAGAUAUGAGCUGAAUUUCUGACUUUGUGUCCUGCUCUGUGAUUCAGACGCCUGCUGUGUGAUGGAACAGAAAGACGAAGCAGGUCAGCAGAUCGAUUCACCUUGUGGGAUCCAAACACAGCCGGGACAGGCCGGACUCUGCGAGUGAGUGUUUGUCUGUUUUUGACCGGGAACUCUUGAGCCAUUGACCUACUUUUAGAGAUCUGAUGAAAUAUGAAAACCAGGUGAUUUGUUUUGAAGUUAGCAAAGUUAGGUCCUACUUAUCUCUCACGCUGUGUCGUUCACAUUGAAGAGAUUACUGAAUUAAAACAAGCCUUAUACAUUAGAGUUUGCCUGAAAUGAUGUGAGUCUGUUGAAAAAGGACUAGACCUCGUAAACAAGAUCGCAAAUUAUAAAACACACAACACUCAAAAUAAAUAAAAAGUGUCUCAAGAUUUUUUACAGGGGAAAAGUGCUUUAACUUUGGCAUCAUAACCAAACUGCUCACUUUUAUCCAAACAGUUCCCAGGUAAGAUAAAGAACUGUCUUUUUUUAAAAGUCCUGCUGUGUGAUGGAACAGAAAGACGAAGCGGGUCAGCAGAUCAAUUCACCUUGUGGGAUCUAAACACAGCCGGGACAGGCCGGACUCUGCGAGUGAGUGUUUGUCUGUUUUUGACCGGGAACUCUAGAGCCAUUGACCUACUUUUAGAGAUCUGAUGAAAUAUGAAAACCAGGUGAUUUGUUUUGAAGUUAGCAAAGUUAGGUCCUACUUAUCUCUCACGCUGUGUCGUUCACAUUGAAGAGAUUACUGAAUUAAAACAAGCCUUAUACAUUAGAGUUUGCCUGAAAUGAUGUGAGUCUGUUGAAAAAGGACUAGACCUCGUAAACAAGAUCGCAAAUUAUAAAACACACAACACUCAAAAUAAAUAAAAAGUGUCUCAAGAUUUUUUACAGGGGAAAAGUGCUUUAACUUUGGCAUCAUAACCAAACUGCUCACUUUUAUCCAAACAGUUCCCAGGUAAGAUAAAGAACUGUCUUUUUUUAAAAGUCCUGCUGUGAGAACUUUUUUGUUUUUCAAAGUUACCAAGCUUUUAUUGAUCAGAAUCCAAACUAUCAUGUCUCUACUUAACAAAAAUAUUUUAGUCAAACAGCUGAACUUUAUUUACCUGCAAGACUUUUUUUCAGCCUGUUUGGACAGUAAAGUCUGUGUGCUGAAUGAAUCAGAGUCUACAAACCACCAAAAUAAAUCAAUAAAAUCUCUGCGGUUUAAUGAUUUUGAAGCAGAAAAGGAAGGAGAGCCCUCGCUCCUGAGGGUCCUAAACUUUUCCUCUCUGCCUGCAGAGUCAUUUUCUCUUUGAGGGGGGUCUGGAGUCGGCCAUGCCUCUGGAAAAAAAAACAAAUUUUUUCUCUGUUAGGUCAUCUGAGGAGCAUCUGAGGACAAUCUGUGUGUGGGAUUUGGGUCACAGCUCUUUUUCUGACAGCUGUUUAGGAGAAUGAAGAAGACACAUUUUAUUGAAGUAUCUUUGAUUUUUUAACACUUUUGAAUGACCUUAAAUCUAAUGUAAGACGAUCUGCAGAUUCAAAACAAAGAACAUCCAGGAAAAACAUCUGUGCAAUCCUCCUUUUAGCUUUUAGCGUCAGCAGCUGGGAAUGACUUAGUGUGGGUGGACUUUAGUGCCCCCUGUGGCCAAAGUGUAAAGUAUCUCAUGUAGGGUACUGCUGGUCUUUAAAAGCCGGCAUCUUUAUCAGGUAAGGCCUACAUCCCUUACGUCUUUAACAAAAACCCUGUUUGUUUCUGCAGGAAGCACUACAAAGAGUACCUGGUCAGCCUGAUAAACACUCACCCCUGGACCCGGCGCUGCUCUACGACCUGCCAGAGCUGACCCUAGUCUGUGAUCGAUACCAGGUGGACAAGCAGAGAGGAGAGAACGAGGACGAUAACGCUUACCAUGCAAGACUACUGAAGGUGAGAUAUGCCAGAAUCUUAAGAUAUAGGGUCAGAUCAGUCUGCAUAAACUGAAAUUUUCUCCUCAGGAAUGGACUUUUCUGUUUACAUAAACUGGUGAGAAUAUCUGAGAGUUUAACCGACGUAAAUUUCUCUUCUACAGAAACCGAUGGAGAUCCCUCUUGGAGAAAAAGUUCCUCGAAACAACCAAACAUCCCAGAAUCUGAAACAGAAGCCUGAAGAACAAUCACCAAGCAUUGCACCUCUUCAUCAGGAAUGUUUGAAGGAUGAAACCGAUUGAAUGAUAAUAAUAAUGAUAAUGAUAAUAGACGUGCCUAUUUUCCUCCUUCUGACUUUCAUUUUCUUGUUCAUGAUUUUAACUGCCAGUCGGAACAUGUCCGUUUGCUUCUGUAAGAAUGUGGAUAUUUGGGUCAUCUUUGGCGCCCCCUUGAACCUAAACCAUGGGUUGCAGCGUCAUGAUUUGUAUAACUUUGAAUGGCCAUGGGGUUUAGAUUGGCCUGAGCAAAUUUGGUGCCGAUGGGACGAA